AUGGUCCUGGACGCUGUGCCUUUUUCGUAUCAGCUAGAUGACAUAAAUAGCACGAUCGCGUUGACGGCUAGAUACCAGUCCGAACAGGCUAGGCUGGGCUUUCAGAAGCACAAGAUACAGAGAAACAAGCAGACCCAGCAGAUGAUUAACUACGCUCCGUCGCAAGGGUUCAACAGGCCAAGACAUGCUCCACAAGGUUUCCAGUCCUCGUUUGAGAAAAUGAAUCCGCUCGUGGGGUCUUCGACGUCCCCGUCGCCGGUUUCGGGUUCCAGCUCUGAUUUUUCGUUCAUGUCGCUGGCUGAUCAGCAACUAGCACAGCUCGGCCCUAUUGGCCAGCCGCUCGCUCAUUCAAGUACCGUUUCCUCUACGACGUCGGGCAAGGAUCAUAUUCCGGCGCCAAUGAGCGCAGGGUCGACGGGUUCCACGAUAUCGUCGGGGUCGGCUAAUUCUCCGUGGAAUGCCUCGUUGCUGGAUUUGAACUCAAAAACUAGCAUUCCUUUCAGUUCAACAUGGUCACAGGUUUGGUAA